CCAGGCGGGCGGAGGAGGACGCGUUGCCGGUCGCUCCGUGGCAUCGCUCCGUCUUCCUCCUCUCGCUCUCUCUGUCGCUCUCCUCGGGAUGCCUUGGACCAGCUCCCUGGAGAAGCCGGGGGCGAUCCGUGCCCCCUUUUAGAAGACAGAGAGGCAGACACACUGAGAGGGAAGUUUGCCCGGACAGCCAGCGCGCCCAAAGUUUCGCUGGGACUGGAUCUGGUUUGAGUUUGGCAAGGAGAAGAAGGAGAAGAAGAAGAGGCGGAGGAGUGGGAAGGAGGCGGGGAGGGAGGGGAGGGUGGGGGAGAGCCGUCCCUUCUGCCUCCUGGAGCCCCGGCGGCGCUCCUCGGGUGGGCAGGCGCCUUCCUUCCUCGCCUCCUUGCUUCGCAGCCGGGGCUACCACUACUAGGCGAGACCACCGAGGACCAGGAGGCUUCCAGGCGGUGCUUUUGGGGCUCUCCAAGAAGCGCCUCCGGGCCGCCCGCCCACCCGCCUUGGGUCCCGGGGCCGCGGGGAGAUGGGCGUGCGGGGCGGGAGCCGGGGGUCCUCCCCGCGCCCCCUCCUCUUCCUGGCCGCGCUGCUGGUGGCGGCGGAGAGCUCCCAGCCGGAGGGCGCCCAGGCCAACGCCAUCAAGGCCACCCUCCUGGGCGAGGCGCCCACCCAGGCCACCAACAGGUCCACCCCCUUCCACCAGGGAGGAGCGCCCGGCAGCGGCAAGAAGAGCAAGCUUUUCGGCCCCGGGGGCAAAGGGCUCAAGCACUACCACCGGCAAGGGGAGGCUUAUCCUUGCACCAAUGACAAGGAAUGUGAAGUUGGGAAAUAUUGCCAUAGUCCUCAUCAAGCGAUAUCUGCCUGCAUGAUUUGUAGGAGAAAAAAGAAACGUUGCCACAGAGAUGGAAUGUGCUGCCCUGGAAACCGCUGCAAUAAUGGUAUUUGUAUACCAGUGACUGAGAGUAUUCUCACACCCCAUAUCCCAGCCCUGGAGGUACCUCGCAACAAGAAAAAUAAUCACUAUCCUACCAAAGACUUGGGCUGGCAGAAUCUAGGGAAAGGACAAACGAAGCUAACACAUUUGAAAGGUCAUGAAGGAGACCCCUGCUUAAGGUCUUCUGACUGCAGUGAGGGAUUCUGCUGUGCCCGUCACUUCUGGACCAAAAUUUGUAAGCCUGUGUUGCACCAGGGAGAAGUGUGCACUAAGCAGCGCAAGAAAGGGUCCCAUGGCUUGGAGAUUUUCCAGCGCUGUGACUGUGCCAAAGGGCUAAAUUGCAAAAUCUGGAAAGAUGCCACCUAUUCUUCAAAAGCAAGACUUCAUGUGUGCCAGAAGAUCUGAUGGUGAUUUUGGAGACUACCAGGCCAUCAAGAUCCUGGCUCAAUAAGAACUGGCUCCUGUAAAUAAGAACUGGAUGGGCCAAAUAUCCACUGUGACACAAAGAAGCGUCAUCCCAAAGAACGGUCUUUUCUGCCCUGAAAAUGAUGGCAGCUGAUAUUCCUUGGUGACUUGGUAUCAUUCUGCCAGCAGUGCCAAUUGUUUUUGGGAAAGCUUCUAAUAAUGAACAGUUAUGGCCUUGUGACUUCUCCACAUUAGUUGUGGUCAGAUUCUCCUAUGACAGUUGUAAAAUAAUGCUAUAGAAUUUAUUUGCAAUACAAAGCAGUGCUUUGCAGAAGGACUGUGCUAUCUACACAUUGUUGAAUGCAGAUCAACUAAAAUAAUUCCUAUUAAACUGAAGCUGUUAGAGAUAAAAAGUUAGUGUGCAUAUAUCUACCCUGUUACCCUUUAACAAUCCAAGGCUGUCAGUUGAAAGAGACAUACUUUAUUGAUUAAGUGCUAUAUUUUGCAAGAUGAAGUUGAUGUGGGAAAGUAUCAGAUGCAUAGCAAUCCCACACACCCUGCAACCAAGAAUGGCAUUGACUUCGACCGAGGCAUGGAGCAGAGAUGAUGGUCUAGUUUCAAAUACUAAUAUAAAUACAUAUUUGGAGUACAACACCCAUAUCAUUUCCUCUUCAGUUACCAUGGUCAAUGACUUCUGUAUCUGAGCACACAGGGGACUUAACAAAUAAGGCAAACUAUCCAUGGAUUUAUCCAGAAAAGAAUGGUAUGCUGAGCUGCUAGUUGUACAUACUGAGAGUUUGUAUUGUGGACACUUUUGCUUUACUUCUAAAGAAAGCAUAUGGGAUCCAAUGACUGUAUAUUGCUAAAUAACAAUGUCAAAAUAAAUUUAAAAACAGGGUGUUUAGUACUGCUCUUCUGUGGUUUGGAUGGAGAGAAAAUGGAAUGAACAGAGAAGAUAUCAGGAUUAAUCUGGAGUUGUGUUAGUAAAUCUUACCACAGGAUAAACCAUAACAACCUGGAACUGGUGAAUACAUGACCUUAUUUCAAAUACAUCUUAGGAAUUUUUAUGGUAUCACAUGCUCUCAUUGAUUUUAGUGGUUUACUGUUACCACAACAUAUUAAUAGACUGACAAAAAUGAAUGAUGCCUAUUAUCUAGCUCUUUUUCUUCCUAGCAGCACCUCUGCAUUUUUUUCUUACUAUAUUUACUUAUUUUCAAAUGUGUUACUUGUUUUUAAGAAAUUGAAGAGUUUCAUUACUGUCCAAGCAAUAUGGUUGAAUGGAAGUAAGAAUGGUUAUCUUUCUUUGUUUAAUGUUUGUGCCACUCUGAGCAUGGGUUCAGACUAUGGCUUUUCCUCCUGCCACAGUGUGCCAACCACAAUCCUAGUUUCAUGUAGAAAUUAAGCCUCAAAACCAGUUUAUCAAACCUAGCAUGCAUAAUUUCCUGGCCUUCCAAAGAUAUCUCACAACAACGUCCUGAAAAAAAAAUAGUGUAAUUUUAAUAAAUAUCUGUAAGUCAAAAUCACCCUCUUUUUUUUUUUUUUUUUGAAACCAUAUCUGGCAUAAGGGAGAACAAGCAAGUCCUUUCCAGACAGCUAAUGAUGAUCUUGUCUUACUCUACAAAUAGAAAAAUAGUUUUGAAUUAUUAAAGCAUAGCAUCUGCAAAAAAGGAGACAGGGAACUGUAGUUUGCUGAGGUUGCUGAGAUUUUUCUAUGUCUACAUUAUGGGGAUCCUGCAUGGAAUUCAAGGAAAACUAUGCAUAUAAAAAUGCAUAAUACUAACAUAUCUAGUUCCUUGAUCUCAGAUGAGAUUUUUUUUAUACCAACAAAUGCUAAUAUGAGUCAUAUCAUUAAGGAUAGUAUACAUGAUAUACCCUGUUUCCCCGAAAAUAAGACAUCCCCGAAAAAUAAGACCUAGUAGAAGUUUUGCUGAAUUGCUUAAUAUAAGGCCUCCCCCGAAAGUAAGACCUAGCAAAGUUUUUGUUUGGAAGCAGGCCCAGCACCUGCCAAACAGAACACCAGAGCAUGCAGGAUUGGUAAAUGUACAUACCAGUUGUACAUGGAAAUAAUGGUAGUAACAAGAAAUUCUUGAUAGGAUUCAGAGUUUGUCUGGUUAUGCUGGUUUGUGAUGACAACUACUGUACAGUAUAUAAUAAAUGUUCAUUUUUUAGUUCAACAAUAAAUGUGAAUUCUUCUUCUUGGAAAAAUAAGACAUCCCCUGAAAAUAAGACCUAGCACAUCUUUGGGAGCAAAAAUUAAUAUAAGACACUGUCUUAUUGUCGGGGAAACACGGUAGUGGAGCAGGAUCUAUGAAGGUUUUUUAAAUGAAGGACAACCUGGGGAGAUAUUAGAGAAACAGUAGGGCAAGAAAUGCUGUAUCUUUUCCCAUUAGUAAUCCCAAAAUAAUUUCAAUGUAUUGUUGCUUCCAAGGCAGUUCCGGAAAUGAGUUAACUUACAUCUGGAAUGCUAUGGCAGGAAUGCACAUGAAGAAGAAAUUAAUUCCUUUAUAUAUAAAUACUGUACAAGCACUCAUUUUAAAUAAGAAACCCAUGUUACACCUCCCUCUUCCAUCUUAAAUUGUAACCACUUAGUGCCAAUCCUGGUGAAAAAGCUGACCCGAAACUGUCAAAUCUUCAUUUGUUAAUACUGUUUGUAGGCACAGCAUAUUUUGUCCCCAAAUGGCCUCAUACCAGUAGAUGAGGGCAGAAGCAGACUAGGUAUCUUUUAUCUCUGACUUGUUUGACAGAUUAAUACACUUGGUUUAUUUUAGUGCCAUGAAAACAACGACUAAGGCACAUCUACACUGACACUAUACUGCAGCUUAGGAAGAAUUUGAAAAGAACCUGUUUCACUUGUCUGAGUGAUUAGGUUGACAGAUCCAGAAUUAAUUUGAACACAGAACCUGGCCUGACACCACUGGGCUAAUUUUUUCCCUAUUUUCAGUUGAAAUGCACUCGAGUGCUUCAGAUGCAUAUGGCAUGGAAAGAAAAAAGGAAAUGGCAGUUAAAAGUGGAUGUAAUCAAUUAACCUUCCCUUGGGGCACUUUUCGUCAUCCCUAUUCUGCCUUCUAUAAUGUGCUUCAGCAGGGACAAGUAUCUUCAAAGCAUUGGCAGAAAUGAUUUGGACCUGGAUCUGGGAUACACUGGAAUCUGCUAUGGCACAUUAUUAGUCUUAACUCUGACUUUCUGGCAACUUUUAAAAUGCAGCAAGCAUUGAUAGCAUUUUGGCCAUAGUGGUUUCAAGUUGUCUCAAAGACACAUUAUGAUGUCAGUGUAGAUGGGGCCUAAGACUGAAAAGGUGCACAGUUUCAGUAAGGCGUUUUCAUGGAUGCCCAACUGUAUUUAAACCUGUUAUGUUGCCUCUGUGAGACUACAGGAAGAAAUCUCCCACCUAUUCAGCAUAGAUAGAAGUUACAAAAUGAAGCUCCCCACUGAUUUAAAUGUUAUCUGAUAGCUUCUGCAUAUCCUUUCUCUUGUCUUCCUGAAACAAGUAUUUGAAGUAAUUUAUUUACAGGAAAUGUUUAAUAAGAUGUAUUUUCUUAUAGAAGAUAUUUCAUACAGAAAGCUUUGUAGCACACUAUACUUGCUAACUUGUUGACUUUGUAAUUUAGAAAGAAGUGUACAAUAAGAUUAAAUAUAUUAAAGUGUCCAUUUUUUCCACA